GUCUUAGGAGUGUUGCAAGGAUGGCUUGUGAACCUGCUUCGCAACAAAUGAGAAGUUUGCAAGACCUAGCAAAAUAUCCUGCUUCGCAACCAGAAGUUAAACCCAGUUCCUCAGAUGAAAAUUCUAAUGGUGCUCAGUCCUCACAUAAGAGUUGGGACAAACCUGUCAAACUUAAUGUAGCUCUUAUGCAAGGUGGACUGUUGGUACCACAUUCUGCUAAGAAAGUGACACAACGGCAGCUCUUCGCAUCAGGAAGAAAUGUGAUGAAGGACAUUCAAAACAGGGCAGCUGCUCGAAAGACAUUAUCAGUUCUGCCACAGCAUGCGCCAUCCUCAGUAAGAAGACCAUCAGAAACUUACAAAGCAUCAUUUUUAAAACCAAAAAAUGUGGUAAAUAAAAACCGGCCCAGUGUUGGGCAAGCACAACAUCCUGGUAACAGACGUGGUAGUAAAAUGUAUCAACGGAAAACACAAGUGCCUGUUGCUCUUGGAACUAUUAGAAGUGCUCAGAAGAUUUCUGCAAGCAGUGCUAAGAAAGGAGACACUAAACCACCAGUAACCAGAUUUCAAAAUCAAAGCAGUUCAGCCACAGCUCUGCCAUCCAGGCAGUCGAAGAUUAGUGGAAAGGUUAUGGGGCGCCUUCCUCACCUUGCAAACUUAGAAAACUCUGUUAAUCUCCUUAAUGUUGACGAUAUAGAAGAAAAAUUAGUGAAAGAGUCAAGCCUAUUAAAGUCUCAAAUUUUAAAGCAGAUACACAAGAACACAGGAGUCAACACUUGUGAUGUAAGAAAUGAACAGAAAAUUCUUGAUGAACAAACUGAAAUAAAUGAAAAGCUAAAAAACAUGGAUGAGAAGCUAAAAAACUUGGAUGAAAAGCUGGAUAAAACUUUAAAUGAACUGGCAAAUUUGACAGGAAUUGUUAAAAAUCUGUCUUCAAAUCAGGAAACUGUCUGUAGAAAAUGUUCAUGUCACUGCCAGACCACGCAAGCAACUGCUACAAAAAGCAAUGGCAGUACAGCAAUAAAUAAUUUGGAACAGAUAGGAGUUCCGGUCAGCUCUGAUGAACAAAGUUCAGAGACAAAGAACUAUGUUGUAGACUCUGAGAAGAAACGCUAUUCACUAAGGAGGUCUUCAAGGCUAAAUAACAUAGGUGCUCAGUAUGCAUAUGAGAGUCUUAGGAAGAGUACCAAAUUACUUACAACUCCUCGACAUGGAUCAGCUAAAAAGAUGAACACCCCAGGAAGAAUUUCCAGAAAAGUCAUUGCUCAGUUGAACGAUUUGUAUGGUGAUUAAGUACAUUGACAUUGACAUAUGGUUCAUUCCAUUGUUGCGGGUGUGACAUUUUGUCCUACUUUUCACGCGUAAAGUUAUAUUUAUUUGUACUUCAGUUGUCAGAGUAAGGCUAACUUUAAUUAAAUGAAUAGAAUAGCAUGUUAUUAAGUUCCUGUAAAAAAACUUUAGGUUUUAAUUUUACACUCAACCUUCUAAAAAAAUCGUGAAGAAGAGUUGCGGGUGUGACAAAACUUUACCCUUCAUUUGCACAUAGAGGUGUUCUUCAGUUAUUUUGUCUUUUACUUCUGAAUCAGGAUGGUUGAUAAUUUUUUACACAGUGAAGAAAAG